AUGCGCGCCGCCGCCACCCCUUCAACUCCCUCUUCAGUGCCGCGAUCGCAUCGCGGCCACAGCUCCCGUUCUGGUGCCGUUUUCGCUUGAUAAUAUCAUAAAAAAAUCGCCAAAAUCGUCUCGGACCCGUGCAAAAUGUCCGCGAAAACCGGCCCCAGUGUCAGUCCGCCGCUGCGAUAAAAUCCAAUAUCGGUGUGUGGUCUUGUUCGGCGGCGAUCGACCGCCCCCACGGGAAAAUGGCGGCGGUGGUGGCGGUGUAAACGCAAUGUGCAACUUUUGACAUAGGGCAGUGAUAUUUCGGCGAAAAAUGGCAUCAUGGUUUUGAUUUUUCCAGAAAUGCGUAAAAACUUGUGAGCGCUCGAGGAGUUUGAGACAUGGGGGAGACGCGAGGCUCCAUCUACUUUGCUCAGCUGAAGGCCAUGCUGAAGCGGAAUAUUCUGCUGAAGAAGAGGGAAAAGAGGAAAACGACUGCGGAGGUCUUGUUGCCUUUGUACUCGCUUGGCGUCCUCAUCGUGAUGAAAGUAAUGAUUCCAAACCCAAAUUUCCCCGCAAUAGACACGCCACGAGGUGAAGUCCAUCUCUUCUCCUAUUUCCAAAAACUGAAAGAACACACCGUCGCCGUAGUUCCCAACACUAACGAAACACAAGACUUUUUAAAACGCGUCAACGACUUGUGGCACACCAUCGACCACAACACGUCAGGUUUUCAUCCAAUCAAAUGGCUACAGUUCCCAACCGAAGAGGAUCUACUUACUGCAUAUUGGUCACAACCGGACAGUAUACCAAUCGCUGUGAUUUUCGAAGAACCGAGGCCGAUAACAGGACCUUUGAAGUAUAAAAUCAGGUCGAAUCCGUCGGAGUUUGAAACUCCUUCGACCACGGUCUUGUACAGUUCGCCAGCUUCGUGUCGCGAAUCGUCCGAUUUUUGGUCAGGGGCCAAUGUUCUGCCGAUUGAGACCGGGAACAGCUGUCCGGUUAAUCGGUAUUAUUACUCCGGGUUUGUGGCCCUGCAGGCGCUCUUGGACUAUACGAAGAUAAAGAUCGAUACGGACCGGGACUUCCACGUGCCCAAAAUCAGUCUGGAGAUGUUCCCAAAGCACGCCCACACCGGUGGUUGGAUGGUCGCUUUCCGGCUAGUGAUCCCCUUAUACAUGGUGAUGGCCUUAUCUCAGUUCAUCACCUAUUUACUCAUCCUCAUUGUGGGCGAGAAAGAAAACAAGAUCAAAGAAGGGAUGAAAAUCAUGGGUUUGAAAGACUCCGUCUUUUGGCUCUCCUGGUUCAUUAUUUACGGCAUUUUCGUCCUCUUCUUAUCCAUCGUCUGUUGCGUCCUCCUCUUCACCCUCCAAGUGUUCCAAAACACCAAUUUCCUCCUUAUCUUCCUUCUAGUCCUUUUAUACACACUUUCAAUCAUCAUGUUCGGAUUCAUGAUCACGCCAUUCUUCGAUAAAUCGAGGACUGCCGGCAUCCUCGGAAACUUUGCUGUGAAUAUCAUGAGUUUGUUUUACUUCAUCCAAGUUUUUAUCGACAGUUCGAGUUCAGUCGCGUUUUGGGUCGUUUCGUUGAUAAGUUCGUCCGGAUUCGCGUUGGCUAUGGAUAAGGCUUUAGUCAUGGAAUUGAAGGGUGAAGGAGUCAAUUUUGACAAUCUCUGGUCAGGACCUGGCAUGCCAUUCGGUGGUAGUUUAAUCAUGAUGGCUUUGGACAUUGUCCUUUAUGGACUCCUGGCCUACUACCUCGACUGUGUGAUACCCAGCGAACAUGGUAUAAGACGUUCGCCCUUCUUCUGCUUCAAACCCUUCUUCUGGUUUAAUAAGAAACCGGUUCAAAGGAUACCACUGGCCAAUGGUGGGUCAGCUGGGUCCUUAACCACCGCCGAGGAUGGCCAUAACGACGUAGAGCCGGUUUCGAGAGAAAUGAAAGGUCGCGAAGCCAUCCGAAUAGUGGAUAUGUUCAAAACGUUCCAUCAUUGCCGGAAGCCCGAAAUUAAGGCAAUCAACGGAAUCAACUUGACGAUCUACGAAGGCCAAAUCACGGCCAUUUUGGGGCACAAUGGUGCCGGCAAAACCACACUUUUUAACAUAUUGACAGGUCUGACAGCACCGACUUCGGGAACGGCUUACAUUUUCGGGUACGAUGUUAGAGACCCUAACGACAUGGACGAGAUCAGGAGAAUGACAGGGGUUUGCCCCCAACAUGAUAUACUGUUCGAUAACUUAACCCCAAAAGAGCAUUUGGAGUUUUUCGCCGCGGUUAAAGGUAUUCCACCGAAUCUGCGCGAGUUUGAAGUGAUGAAAACGUUGCGUGAUAUUGACCUGACGGACAAAGCCAACGCGUCAGCCAAACAUUUAAGUGGCGGCCAAAAACGCAAACUCUCGAUUGGCAUUGCAGUGAUCGGGGACCCAAAGAUUAUAAUUUUGGACGAGCCCACGGCCGGAGUGGACCCGUACUCGCGCCGCCAUAUGUGGUCAGUGCUCCAGAACCGUCGCCAUGGCAAAGUGAUCCUCCUUACUACCCAUUUUAUGGACGAAGCCGAUAUUUUGGCCGAUAGGAAAGCUGUGGUGUCCAAAGGCAACAUCCGGUGCUGUGGCAGCUCUCUCUUCCUUAAAAACAAGUUCGGGAUCGGUUAUCACCUGACCUUGGUCCUUGACGGGAUUUGUCGGGAACAUGCCAUCACCCGAUUGGUCACUUCACAUGUCCCCAAAGCCGAAAAAGCACGUCGUCAUGGUCGCGAACUGAGUUUCAUUUUGCCACAUAAUGCUGUUGAUAAUUUCGCAUCGUUAUUUUCGGCAAUUGAACAAGAAAUUAACAACAAGUCGAGUAAACUGGGGAUUUCGAGCUAUGGCGUGUCGAUGACGACGCUCGAGGAGGUGUUCCUGCACUUGGAGCGUGACGAAGAAACUGAGGGAACGAUGGAUAACUUGAGCAAGAAGAUGGUGAGGAAUCGGGCGCUGAGUCGCAGUUUGAGCCUCCAGAGCAAAAGUACAAGUUACCAAUCAUUACAAAACGAAGGGAACAAUGCGACAAAUCAGGAUGGUAAAGGUGGCGGAGACACGGCACAGAUCGGCGGCUUGGAAAUCAUCAGUGAAACCAAAUCGCCAAUCACCGGAAUUGGGCUUGAAAAAAUCGAAUGCCACCCCAACGUUUUCCAAACCUUGAUUUCCCUCCUGCGUUUGCGCAUCCUUCGCAUGAUCCGAGACAUCCAGAAACUCUAUUUCAUGGUGCUCCUGCCACUAGGACUCGCUGCUCUCGUUCUCUACUUCAACAGCAUGCAAACCAUUGAAGUUAAACUCACACCAUUGGCCCUCAACGGCUCGACAUACGCCGAUAAAACGACUUUUGCGAUACAUAACGCCUCAGGAGUGGUUUUGGACGACUUCUACGACCAGUUAUUGGAAGUAGGGGUCCAGAGGAUUGAUCCAUACGAUGGCAAUUUCUCGCUCCUUCUGGACGUUGCUCCGCACAUGGCUGCGUUAAAUGUGAACGUUUUCACAAAUGAUUUGAGUAUUACUGUGAUUUACAACGAUACGGCCCAACACAGUUUGCCCAUUAUUUUGAAUUUGAUCAGUAAUGGGUUGUAUAGACUUAUGAGUCCAGAGCGGGUGAUUAGAGGACAGUGGGAACCUAUUGAAGUGUUGACGUUACCGUUUCAACAAACGGCACAACCUGAAGAGUUCGAUAUUGGGAUUUUUUCAGCGUCUACCUUCAUUGGGAUGAUUUUUGUCCUGGUGCCAGUCAGUUUGGCCAUCGAUAUGGUCUACGAUCGUGAGAUCAAGGCGAAAAACCAGCUGCGCGUCAACGGACUCUCCUUCUGUAUGUACUUCGUGACGUAUUUUGUGGUCCUUGGUGGCCUCAUGAUCCUGAUUUGUGCCGCCCUUGUCCUAAUUAUCCUUCUGUUUAACAUUCCGGCGUUCAAAGGCUGGCCUGCCUUGGUCACUCUCGGAACCCUAACUCUCUUAUAUUGCCCUUCGUCCAUCCUUUUCAGUACUUGUGUCAGUUAUAUCUUCGAUAAGACGGAUUCGGCUCAGUCAAUUUUGCCAAACAUUGCGACUUUCGUCGGCUGUAUCCCUUUUUUCCUCGUCACAGCUUUGGAUAUGUUGAAUAUUGGGGGAAAGGCGGCCUUUGUGUUACAUAUUUUAUUUUCGCUACUCAACGCCAUGUACAUACCGUAUGCCAUUAUCUACUACAUACAGAGGGUCUACAUAAUGUGUAAACUCAACUCGACUUGCAACACUUUAACGUUGACGGACUACAUGACCAGUGAGAUUAUUGUAAUGCUGGUGGGGAUCAUCGUAAAUAUUCCUUUCUGGUUCUUCGUGUUGAUGAUAAUUGAUAUUAAGAAAAGUGGCGGACGUAUCAGUGAUGCCUUCAAGUUUUUCAAACGUAACACCGACGAAAACACCGAAGACAUCAACGAACUCAGCGACAUCGGCGAGAACGAAGACCAAGACGUGAAGGCGGAACGUCAAAAAGUGAAAAACCUGAUGGACUGUCAUGUGGUGAACCCACCCGUUGUCAUGGUCCAAAACCUCCACAAGGAGUACACGAAAAGCGAAAUCAAGUGCGAGUGUUGUUGCAAGCAUGACGAUGAACCCGACACAACCAAAAUCGCAAUUCGAAGUCUUUCGUUGGCUGUGGACGCUGGUGAAGUUUUCGGUCUUUUGGGACACAAUGGUGCUGGGAAAACCACCACCAUGAAAAUAAUCACAGCGGAAGAGGCCCCAACAAGGGGGCGCGUACAAAUCGGGGGCGAAAAUAUCACCUCGAAUAUGAACAACGCGUUUCAGUUGUUGGGUUAUUGUCCACAACAUGACGCCUUGUGGAAGAAUAUCACAGUGCGAGAGCAUCUAGAGUGCUAUGCGGCGAUUCGAGGCGUUCCCUCGGGCGAUAUUCCGCAAAUCGUCGAUUUGUACCUCACUGGGCUCCAAAUCCACGAACAUGCCGAUAAGCAGGCGCAGCAAUGUUCUGGGGGCACCCGCCGCAAGCUCUCCUUCGCCAUGGCAAUGGUGGGGAAUCCGAAAGUUGUGCUUUUGGACGAGCCGAGCACUGGAAUGGACCCACGGAGCAAACGCUUUUUGUGGGACACCAUCUUGGCCAGUUUCCAGGGUUCACGAGGCGCCAUCUUGACCACGCACUCCAUGGAAGAAGCCGAUGCUCUAUGUUCAAGAGUUGGAAUUAUGGUUAAGGGGGAAUUGAGGUGUUUGGGAUCCACUCAACACUUGAAGAACCUUUAUGGGGCGGGCUAUACGCUUGAAAUGAAGUUGAGGGGUGGGGAUAGAACGCCAACUUCGACUUCUUGUGACCGCCCCAAUGAACUCCGGGAGUUUGUAACCGGAUUGUUUCAUGAUGCGACACUGCAGGAGAGUUUUGCGGACAGACUCGUCUUCAGUGUUCCACAACAAAGUGUUCCUUCUUUAGCUAACUGUUUCAUGCAACUUGAGAAAGUUAAAACGGAGCUGGACAUUGAGGAGUACAGCUUCAGCCAAACGACGUUGGAGCAAGUGUUUUUGAAAUUCGCGCAAUACGAUGAAGUCAACGGUGAAUAAAGCCGUAUUGUAUCAUGUGAUUUAGAUAAGUUGAAAUAUCUCAUUUGAAAGAAUCAAAAUUGAUUAUUUUUUAACUCACUAAAAUGUUGAGUAGUUUAAAUGUGUUGACUUAAGUUGAAAUUGUACAGUUUUAAACUUAUAACGUAAUUAAACAGAAUGUAUAGUUUGUGUAUGCAUGACUGUUGUAUGAAAAUUGAAUUUAAUUCGGUUGUCUUGUUGGCCUAAACUUUUUUUCCAUUUUUUUUAACUUGAUGAUAAUAGUGCCUAUCGUAUGUUAUGUAAAUAGUCGCUUGCACAGACUUGUCGCUUGCAGUUUGUUUCAUUAGUGAAAAUUUUUAAAUAAAGUGUUCAGUUAUUAUGGCAACGGUUACGAUCUGUUUGCCCAUUUGGACGACAAUUUUUACUUUCUCCGCAAUAAUGCAAAUGUAUCAAUUAAAUUGGAAUAAAAUUUUAUUGCGAAA